AUGAAGAUCAUCAUUUGCAUCGUGUUCGUGGUCUUUUGUCGAUCGAUUCACGCUAGAGUCAACAAUGACUACUGGAGCCAGAGGGCCAAAUUACUGCAGAGCGAAAAGAAAUCCAUGUUCGGCCAUGGCAUAGUUCUCGAUGCCAGCGAACAAGCUGUCAAUGAGAUACUGAUGAAGGCGAAAAACGAGGAGAUCGACAAAGGUUUCAAAGAUCCGUCGAGUUUCCUGCCAUCGCAAAAUUUUUUGCGAGUUCACGAUUCUGUGGACAAUUCAACGGUUUUCCGAAUGAUACGGGACAUGCCGAAAGGCGCAGCCCUGCACGUCCACGACACCGCCAUCGUGUCUCUCGACUACGUCUACCAUAAUCUCACGUACCGUCCGAAUCUCUACGUGAGCCAACAGGACGACUCGUUGAGGCUGCGAUUUUUCGACAAGCCCAAAGACGAUUCCUGGACGCUGUUGAGCGACGCGAGAAACGAGACUCUCGACGCGAGAAUCAAGCGGCAAUUGUCCUUGGAGGUUGACGCCGAUCCCGACGUCGUCUACCCCAACGGCAAUGCUGUUUGGAAAAAGUUCAUAUCGAUUUUCGUCUUUGGGCGUGAUCUCAUCUGUUACAGGCCAGUGUUCGAGGAUUACACGUACCAGGGGCUGCUCGAGUUCUACCAGGACAACGUUUUGUACGUGGAGCUGCGCACGAUACUGCCGACGCUCUACGAGCUCAACGGCACGGAGUACGGGCCGAUCGAGGUCGCUCGAAUCUAUCAACGGGUCGCCGAGAGAUUCGAGCGAGAUCACCCGGACUUUGUCGGACUGAAGCUGAUUUACGCGCCGAGUCGAAGGGUGAACGCGUCCAAAGUCCGCGAGUACGUGGCGACGGCUCGAUCGCUCGUCGACGCUUUUCCAGGCUUCGUCGUCGGUUUCGAUCUCGUGAGUCAGGAGGACAUCGGCCUGCCGCUCGUCGAGGUGGCCGAUCAACUGCUCGAUCUCAACAACGAGCUGCCGUUCUUCUUCCACGCCGGCGAGACCAAUUGGUACGGCAGCAGUAGCGACGAGAACCUCUUGGACGCCGUGCUGCUCAACACCAGGAGAAUCGGCCACGGUUACGCCCUCGUCAAGCAUCCCGAGCUGCUGGAGAUGGUUCGUCGACGCAACAUCGCCAUCGAGCUUUGUCCCGUCUCCAAUCAAGUGCUGGCUCUCGUGCGCGACCAAAGGAACCACCCGGCCAGUGUGCUCUUCGCCGCUGACUAUCCUGUCGUCGUGUCCAGCGACGACCCCGGCCUCUGGGCUGCUCGCGGACUCAGUUACGAUUUUUACGAGGCCUUCCUGGGCAUCAUGUCGAGGCGAGCGGAUCUCAAGGUAUUUAAAAAACUCGUCUACAAUUCCAUCCAAUACUCCGCCAUGAGUAAGGAAGACAAGUGGAAAGCACUCGAUAUUUGGCUCAACAAGUGGCAAGCAUUCAUAAAUAAGUAUUUGGGACGAGUUUCAUAG